AUGGCUUCCCAGCGGGCAUCGAGCUCCCGCCGCAAUUCGUCACGAACCUCCAACCGUUCAACCUCCAUUUCCUCUCAGAUGCGGGUCACAAAACCUCGUGGUCGAUCUGAUUCCGCGAAAGAAGUACAAUCCCUCCGAUCGAGCACACGUACCCAGUCACGACCGCAAUACCGUGAAAGCUCCGAGGACGAUGAACCAAUGGAGGAGGAAGAGGACGAUUUCGAGGAGUCUACCCAGACGUCGCCCGCAGUCAGCCGCCGGAGCGCGCGUGCGGCUGCUUCCACCGGCGCCACUGCUGCAUCAAAGGCGAGAGCAAAUCGCGCGACUGCUAGGGAAAACAGAGCCGAGGGUGCUGGGCUAAAGAAAGUCGCCACUGGCCGUAUUGAUGGAAAGACAGCCAGGAAGCGAGGCCGCCCGCCGAAGCCGAGAAGAUCAACUCCUGAGGACGAAUCAUCCCCCGACGAGACUAGCGAAGAUGGAUCCGACGAUGAGCCCGAUGGGGAUGAUGCGAUGAAGUCUCCACCCACUUCUUCCCCAGCAAAACGACGCCGUGGCAGGCCUUCUAAGAAGAAGGCCGGACGGCCUCCCAAGAUCAACGCCACGCUUGCUGGGAAAACACCGCCCAGUGCAUCGGAGAUAGAUAAUUCCAUCAUACCGAAUUGGUUAGACCCUCGCAUGGAACACGCAAUCUGGGUUCAGGUCUUUCGAUAUGCCGCUAUAUCUGGCGAAGAAGAGGAUGUUCAAGAUAUCAACUGGCUACUCGCAACAGCUCGGGUAUGUCGAGAUUUUGUGGAACCUGCUCUGACAGUUCUUUACCGACGUCCGCCCGUCAAGGAUGAGGUCAAGGCUCAAAGGCUUGCGGAGCUCCUCGAGAAACCGCCUUCCAUGACGGCCAUCAACUAUCGAGCGAAAAUUGAGGCACUCCACAUCGAUGUCCGGCUAGUGUCUUUGCAAAAUCACACGCCUGCUACCAGCCUAAUGCAAAGUCUGCCUCGUCUGUCUGAAGUGCUGCUGUCACAUGGCUAUGACCAAGCGCCUUACCGCAAGCUGAAAGAGCAAAUCAAGUGGACUUACCCUGCUGACUUAUGGAAAGCCUUCGAGCCAUCGCCCACCGCAGACGAUGAAGCUGGUGCCAAAACGAGCAUCACGCGGCUCCAGAGCUGGCAGUGGAGCUCGAGACUCAUGGACAAGGAUUGGGAGGGAAGCCUUGUCAGAAUGAAGGAAGUGCACCAAACACCAAGCUUUACCUCCCUGCGAAAGAUCAAACUUGUCAACUACCAACUACCGUCAGUCAGACUCGACAAAGAUCCGGAUGAUGACCCCGAGCUGGUUGCUGAAGAUGAAAGAUCUAUGAAGCUCCUAGCCGAGUCUCUUACGGUAUUGGAAAAUCUCGAGCAUCUGGUCUUCGAAUCUUCAACCAUUGUCUGCACGGCAUUUCUGCCCCUUCUUCCUAUCAAGUUGAAGCGACUCGAGCUGGUAAAUUGUGCGGAGGUAACGGCCGAUAACCUCGGGGAGUUCCUGAUCUCGAACGGCCAUCAAUUGGAAGCGCUGGUACUCAACCACAAUCGUUCUUUGAGUCUAGCCUUUCUCACGGUGUUGGGGACUGCCUGCCCACACCUUCAGGUGCUACGGGCCAACUUCAAAUACUUCAGUCUGUUGGAGACUGUCGAUGACAACGAACCCUUUUACGAUCAUUUACUGCUCUCUGAUCAAGUACCUAGCUGGCCACCGGCUCUCGAAACACUUCACUUGGAAAACCUUCGGAACUGGGACAUGAACACCGCCAAAAUGUUCCUCCAUUCUUUGAUAGACAGUGCCUCCGUACUGCCGAUGCUCAGAUAUUUGUCUAUCAAAGCCAUGCUCGAUAUCCCUUGGCGGGAACGCAGUGACUUCCGCAAAUCAUGGCAGGAGAAGUUCGAAAAGGUCUUCCUGCGGCCAAUCACGGAUCCGGAGCCGAACUUUUCGCUGCGCAUGCCGGCGGAUGAUGAGGCGGCACCCGCAAAGCGCAGACCCAGGAAGGCUCCUGGAGAACCGACUCGUCGCAGCAACCGUGUCGUUCCAGAUGCACCCGGGCGAUCUUCACGCGGAAGCAGCUCGUCGAGAGGGCUCCGUACCAACAAGCAGAAGCCAAAAUCCUAUCGCGAGCCGGACAGCGACGAAUUCGAUUCCGAGGAUGGAGAUGAUGCCGAUGAGACCGUGGAGGAAUCCGAGGACGGUUCCGAGCAGGACACAAAAGAAACAGGAGAUGCUGCUAUCUCAGACGGCACAUUCGUACAAGGCCUCUGUACUUUCGUCGACAUCAAUAUCGACAACCAGAAGCCAAGGGAGCAUCAGUACGGCAUGGAGGACUUUCUUAACGACGAGCGUGACUUCGAGACCGACGAUGAGUGGAAUGGUGACAUGGACUUUGAGUAG